CACACCACCAUUGGUCAAGUCAAGCUGCGCGUCCAAUCCCACAACUCACUGACGCGUGGGCCCGGGUCGUCCUCACUACUACUACUGUGCAGUGCAGCCAGCACUAGUGCUCUCCUGCUCUCCUCUGCUUCUCUUCUCCUCUCCUCUCCUCACCGGGAGAGUGGAGACCCUCGAGAUGCCCGGCGGUCGCCGCGGCGGCGGCGGGCGUCCUGGCUCCGGCAGCAGCAGCAACGGCGGAGGCUCCGGGUAUAGUUGGGUUGAGAAGAAGUCGAAGAAAUCGGAGAAAUCAGUUGGAAAGGGACAAUGCGCACCAUGUACUUCUUCAAAUGCUGCACCUAAACCUGCUAUGGCGUGGCAAGCACGGAGUGGCAAUGGAUCUUUACACCCUCCUGGAAAUGGUCGGGUUCAACAUUCUGAUCAUAGGCCUGCUGCCAGAGGCAGUCCUAGGUCACUGCCACAAAAUAAGCAUACAGAAACAAAAUUGCAAGCACCGUGUCCAGUUGUGACUGCACCUCUUGCAAAUGGUUUGCAGUGGGUACCCAAGUCUCGCUCAUCUGGUUCUGAGAGCAAUAUGGAUGAUGCUCCUACAUCAGGUUCUGACCCUGAAAUGGACAAUGGUGCAACACACCCAGUUGUGACUGCAACUCUUGCAAAUGGCUUGCAGUGGGUGCCCAGGUCUCGCUCAUCUGACUCUCAAAGCAACAAGGAUGAUGCUCCUACAGCUAGUUCUGACCCUGAAACGGACAAUGUUGCACCACACCCAGUUGUAAGUGCACCUGUUGCAAAUGGCUUGCAGUGGGUACCCAGAUCUCACUCAUCUGGCUCUGAAAUGGACAAUGGUGAGGAUUAUGAUUCAUAUGACGAUGAUUCUGAUGAUGAUAUGGUUGAUGAUACCAGUGGUGACUUUGAUUCUAAGGCAUCUGAGAAAAAUUUUGAGACUCGAAAAAGGCACAAGCUGUUGAAAAGCAUUUUUGAACUUCUGGAGAAGUUAAGUGUUGAACAGAUAAAUGAAAAGACUAGGCAAUGGCAUUGUCCAGCAUGCAAAAAUGUACGUGGUGGAGUUACCUGGUACAAAGGGUUACAGCCUUUGAUGAAUCAUGCUAGAACAAAGGGUUCUAAGAGGGUUAAGCUUCACAGAGAAUUGGCUGCAUUACUGGAAGAGGAGCUGUAUCGUACGGGAAUUUCAAUGGCAUCAUCUGGCGAGUUCUUUGGAAUCUGGAAAGGAUUGCGAGAAAACACUGAUCGUCCUAUAGUAUGGCCCCCAGUGGUUAUUAUUAUGAACACUCGAUUGGAACAAGAUAAGGAUGGCAAGUGGAAAGGUAUGGGAAACAAAGAGCUCCUUAGUUAUUUCAGUAAAUAUCACGUGAAGGAAGCAUGCCAUGCUUAUGGCCCAGAUGGGCACAGUGGCAUGAGUGCGCUAAUAUUUGAAGGAUCUGCCGUGGCCUAUAAGGAGGCAGAACGGUUGCAUAAUCACUUUGUUGAUCAAAGAACAGACAAGUAUGCGUGGUUGAAUCAUAGGAUCGUCAUACCUGGUGGGAAAAGGCAACUGUAUGGUUUCUUAGCUGAAAAAGAAGACCUGGAGGCGUUCAAUAGACAUCAUGGAAAAGACUAUUUGAAAUACGAGAUGAAAUCUUAUAACGAGAUGGUGGUUACCCAAUUGAAGCAGAUGAGUGAAGACAACCAACAACUGAAUUAUGUGAAGAAUGAGAUGGUUAAGACAGAGCGACAUUCUAAAGAAGUAGAAGAAGCCUUGGGUGUUGAGACCCAGAAACUUCAGGGAGCAAUUGAAGAUAAUAUUAUUUUGAAGAGAAAAACCAAGGAGAUGCUCUCAGAGUGCGUGGAACAGAUGGAGUUUAAUGCGAAAUUUUAUCAUGAACAAAUUGAAAGACUUCGCAAGGACACCGAGGAGAAAGAGAAUGAGUUUGAGAGGUUGCUGCAGGAGGAGCUAGCAAGAGCUAUAGAGUGUGAUGUUGACUCUGAAACUACAGAAAAUUGCAAGCUAAGGGAGGAACAGAUACAAAGAAUCAUAGAUUGCCAGGUGAAGGAUGCGGAGGAGUUUGAUGCUGAACAAGAUGAAUUGAUCAAAACACACGAAGAGAAGAAGGCGAACGUCAAGAUGGAGUAUAUGGCAAAGGAUGUUGAGCUCGAGGAGGAGCUUUAUGCCGCUCUCACAAGUCUGAUGGAGAAACACAAGCCGGACAUCUUCCAACCGUCCAGCCCUUGAAGAGCUGCAGGCUUGCAGCUCACCAUAUAUAUGCCCUGCUCACAAUAAUCUCAAGAGGUCCCUCUCCCAAAUGAACUUCAAUUUACAUGCCGAUAAAUUGCUUGAAAUGCUCAGAAACUCUCCCGAGUGGCGUCUCUGGGCAAUUGUGUUGCACCCCCAAUUUGGUGUUUUGAUCUGCAAUUUUUAUGCAUCUGCAAAGGUCAAUUUGAUUGAGUUGACAAGAAUACCUGUUGCUCAACUCAAAGAUGAUGUGCUAUUCUUGUCAAACAUAUAACUCUACACGGUUUUGAUUUCACUUGCAAGUUUGUGAAAAUAAAAGUAAAACAGAUGGUUUUACUUUGCAAGUAAAAGAAUUUCGGAACUGCCAAGUCCGUCCCUAAUAUUUCUAGAGAUUCAGAAACAUCACAUGUUUUUGGGUUACUGCAAGCAUGGUUUGAAGUUUGGACUUCAUUUUGGAA